GAUAUGAGGAACCCCCACCUCAAGAAACGCCACUGGGACCUGAUCCAGGACGCGCUGAACUACAAGUUCACCAAAGACGAGCCGCUGACGCUGGGGCUGCUGGUGGAGAUCAACGCCUUCGAGAAGGCGGACAUGAUGAUGGAGAUAUCCGGCAUGGCGUCAUCGCAGGCGGCGCUAGAGAGUAUUCUCAAGAAGGUA